ACAGACCACAGAACAGUGGAUGCAAUUCCUUACAACAUCACAUUUUACCACUUUCUCGUGGCACAGGUUCUGUUUUUGACAAAAUAACUAGCCUACAUCGUCUUCUUAAACCAUUCGUUUUAGGAUCACAGUAACAGAGUGGUAGAUAUCUCUGAUAGGGAGAGAGAGGCAGCACGAAUGACUAUUCUUGUCAGAAUGACAAGAAGACCGAUAAUGUGAGGUCUACGGAAGCUCUAGCUAGAGUCCAAGGUUCACUUUGUGUUUGCUAGGUUGCUGUCACUUUUGGAGCAGCAUGACUGAAGAAGAAUUAUACACCGUCUACAAAGGAGUCUAUCUUCCAAAACUGUUACAUCCUCCAGAGAGCAUUGCAUACUAUGAACAAUUCACUUUUAGACCGGACGACGUUGUUAUUGUGACUUAUCCGAAAUCUGGCACAACAUGGAUGCAGGAGAUCACUCCCCUGAUUCAGAGUGGAGGAGACUUGACUUCGGUUCUGACCCAGCUUAACUGGGACCGGGUUCCCUGGCUGGAGGAACACAGGGCCCAGGUUCUCAGCCUGGAACAGAGGCCUUCGCCUCGCCUGUUUGCAACACACUUCCACUAUGACAUGAUGCCCCAGUCCUUCUUCAAGGACAAGCCCAAGGUGAUUUACAUCAUGAGGAACCCCAGAGAUGUGUUCACAUCUUCCUACCAUUAUUAUGGGAUGGCCUCCUACCUGGUUAAUCCCCAAUCACAGGGCGAUUUCUUACAGAAGUUUCUCAGUGGAAAAGUUAUGUUUGGUUCAUGGUUCGACCAUGUUAAGGGUUGGUUGAAUGCAAAGGACCAGGACCGUGUUAUGUACAUCUCCUAUGAGGAGAUGAUAUGGGACCUGAGGGAUUCUGUUGCCAGGAUUGCCCUCUACAUGGACAGUUCCUUAACCCCCGAGGUGGUUGAGAAGAUAGCAGACCACUGCAUGUUCAAGAACAUGAAGCAAAACAAGAUGUCCAACUACUCCCUGGUACCCAGCGAGUUCAUGGACCAGACCAAAUCAGAAUUCCUCAGGAAAGGAGUCGUAGGAGACUGGAAGAACCAGCUCACUGUGGCCCAAGCAGAGUUAUUUGAUGCUGUUUACAGAGACAAAAUGAAGGAUGUCAUAUACAAAUUUGUGUGGAACUGACUUUCCUUAUAGCCAUUAUAGUUUAAUAAGUGUAAUAAAUAACAUACAGUACAUAUGUUCCGAGGCAACUGUUUAGAUCAACUGCCUUCAUGUCCCAGUUUGAAAAUGGGAGCUCAGUUACAAAUUAUCUUGACUAUCUUCCCACCAGGUGUGUAGGUUUGUUUUCUAAUGUUGGUGGGACAACUUUUAUAACUGAGGAUGCAGUCGUUAGAUAUAAUCUUCUUAAUAAAAAGUGUGGGCGGGGUGACAAAUUGACCGUUUUCAAAAAGUGUCAUUAUACAAAGUUCAUGUGUAAUGAAACUUUAGCCCCUGCUUCUAUCUGUUAGUAGUUGAAGCAGUAGUGAACAAUCUGCCUCAGGUGUGUUUAUUUGAUCAUCAUGUCUUUUAGACAUAGUACACAUAAAUGUGAUAUGUGAUUUCAAACAUGUCAAUGUGAUGUUUUGCUGACUCAUCACUGUGAAAAGUAAAAACCUAAUUAAACACAAAUAAUGAUUGAAAAAC